UGAUUAUUCCAGUAUAAGCAGGUUGACAUCAUAUUCGAGUCUCAUAGGUCUACGUGCUAGAAGGCCAAGAGUUCCAAGUGUUCUGAGAUACCAUGAACGUGAUGAAGAAGAAGCAGGAGGAUAUUCCAAGCAAGACAUAGUUAAAUGGAUGGAAUCUGGGGAAGUAAAACCAGCGGAUUCAGAACCGGACCGGUCAGCCGCAACGCCUUUAGAUGACCAGAAAGGGGUAACAGAACCUGUUCAUCGUAUCUCGUCAAUGAGCGGUCAUCAUGGUGAAGUCCCAGUUCAAGGCUUUGACAGUCAGGUGAAUAUCACUGAUGAUAUCGGCAUUAUUCGGCUUGAAGAAUAUGGUAUUGAAGUUCACGUUCCAUCGGGUGAAGCUUACAGCGCAAAAGAUAUUACUGUGGAUGUUAUCGAUGAGGUUCCACCUGAGUUGCUCACAGUACUGAAGGAAACUGAGGCUAUCAUUACCGUUGGUGUGAAGAUGUCGCCUUCUGAUGCAUCAUUUGAGAGACCAGUAAAAGUGACAAUGCCACAUUGUGGUGUGUUCCAAAAACCAGAAUCUGCUCAAAUCGUCACCUACUAUCGCAAGAAUGCUUCAGACAGUUUUACGGCAAUCCCUUCAAGCAAAAAGGGUCUGCAAUGCAUCGUUAGACAACGAGACCUAGAUAUCUACCUGAACCACUUCUCAGAAUCCUGGAUUGUAGCUCUUUUCACAUGGGCAUUCAUUGGAAAACGAGUUAUUUGCACUCCUUAUAUUCCGGUGUCAACCCCAAAGAAUGCAAAGCAUGUCUUGCGUUUGCAUGUACGAGACGAAAACUUCCGAGAAAGAAAGAUUGAGGAGGGAUACAAGGCGGGUACCACAGGAAAGUAUUUCUUAGUGAGAUGGCGCUCUGGGGGACUACACAUUACAUGUACUUGCCCAGAAAGUAGCCUGAAUGACAAGGUUAAGACCAUAGAUGGAAGCAAGAUUACCCAUUUGCCUGAGAACGAAGUGUCAUUCAUUGUUGAUACUCGCAACUCAGAAGAUGAUUACAUGAUUUUAGAGUUCAUCAUAAAACAGAGCACAAUAGAAAAUAUCUUAGUGAAAAUUUGCCUCCAAGACCCAGUGGUAGGCGAGACAACUCAAGAGCAAGCUAUCUCUACAUCUCAGAGACCGGUCACAGCCACAUCACCCGGUAUUCAGCCUACUCCUAGAGGAGCGACCAGUGACGUUCCUACUUUGCACCACCGUUUCUUUCAGGAAGGGUUGGCGGGACAUGUACUAAGUGAUGCCAUAUUGCUCGAUCUUUCGAGGCGAAUUGAUUGCACGGUUUAUCCAGUCAGUGAUUUUGCUGUAGAUCUGGGCUUUGAUGGCGCCACUGCAACUUCUGCAGAGCAAAUGUCAAUACAGACUAUGGAUUCGCAGAGGAGAUACAAAAUUAUUCUUGACAAGUUUGUCUUGAAUAAUGGAAGGGGUGCUCAGAAAAUCAUAGAUGUAUUCAAAGAUAAGAAAAAGCAGCUCCUUGUAGACCUUAUAAAAGAAGCCAUUGCAAAACAAGAUGUACAUAAAGAAUCUGGAACUAUCUAGGAAUAUGCACUUGUCGAAGAUCGGAAUGUACAAGAGCAGCCCUUCUAGUGUUAGUAACGUAGAAGAUAUGUAUAUCGUGAAACUAGCAAAGCUAAUUCAACCCCUGAUUUUGAGGGGAGAUCUACACGUCGCUCUAAAUAUUGAUUACAUCAUGGCAGAGAAGAUCAGGAUGGAACAUACCAAUCUAGUACAGCAGUAUGUAAAUCUUCUGAAGAAAUGGAAACUUACAUUACCGAGGACCCUCAUAUCAAUGAAUUAAAUAAGAUCCUCAUAGAUAUAGAUGCAGGAGGACUCGUAGAUAAGUACACCUAAAGACAGAGACGUAUGAACAGAAGAGAGGGGGAGAUGGGGGCGGGUGAGGCUGUGUGCGUGGGUGUGUGUGUGUGUCGGGGUGCAUAUACUAUUGAAUGCGGAAUGUGAUGACAAUAAUUCAUGCAAUAAUGUGCCUAUGCAGGUCCCUCUGCGAAGAAAUUUCUUCUUGAUGGAAAUACAUUACAUAAGCUCAAAUUUCAUGUGCUACCUUGAAUAAAUUAUAUUAAUCUAUAAAAACUUGGUAAUUGUACAAAUGCUGGUUGUCACCAAUUACUCGGCGAGCAGAGUAACAAGCAAUUUUAGCAACGAAUAUUUUGUUCUUGUCCUAAAAUUGAAAUGAAUAAUUUCAUUGAAGCACAUUUUUACUAGAGUUCUUCUCAUGUAUAUUUUUUGCGAAGUUAGCUGUUUCUUCCUUUCAAUUUGAUAAUAAUACUAGAAUUUGAUUGCGUUUAAAAGAGUAAGGCUGUUUAAAGUGAAGUUUGUUUGUAUCAAGUAUCGACAUGAAAUCUUAUGAGUAAAUGAAGUACAAUACUUUGAAACAUAUCAUUUGUUUUCAUGAAGAAUAUAAAUAUCCGAAAAGCCUAAUAGAACUUUAAAACAUCUACAAGGCCUUACACCUACUUGAAAACACCUACAAGGCCUUACACCUACAGUCGGUGUAAAUUUAAUGUAUUAUAAUCUCGAGCAAUUGCUCUCUUAUGUUUGUAUGAUAUCUUAUGAUUAUCAACUGUGUUCGAAAUAAGAGAAUUCGAACAAGGAAAUAACAUUUUUUUUUAUUAUAACGUCCGAAGUAGCAUAUAUUGUACAGUAUUACUUCGGACUCCAGUUGGCAGGAGGCUAUUUUUGGUUUUGCCUUUAUUUGUGAUGAGUUGAGUAUACCAUGAUACCAAAGGCUUAGAUCCGGACACUGUCGGACGAUAGCACAUUUUCAUGUACUAGCAUGUUUGCGUGUGAUUUUCAGGCCUUCUGAUAACAUUCCAAGCUGCAUAUUAAAUGCUCAAAUAUUUUUUUUUCAUUGGAUUCAAGUUUUUAAAUCAGGGCCUAAAUCAACUCAGUACUUAAGCAAAUUACUCGACUAUCCUCCCCCAAGCAUUCCAAGUAGCUUCUUCAUUAGUUUUGUAUAUUCAAUUAAUUCAAUGCUGCAUUGGUCUUUCAAUAUUCUUUAAUUUUCAUUCGCAUUUGUAUGUUUAUGUCUGUUUUUUUUUUAUUGUAAAUACAUAUAAUGCGCUUUGUACCUUCCGAAGAAAAGGCGCUAUAAAAAUGUCCUUCAUUACUAUUGUUACUAUAUCGUUCCAUUGUUUAUUCAUAUUUAUGUUUUAUUAUUUUUAUGUUUUACUAAUUCUUUGUGACUCUAUGAUACAAGGCACGAUACCUUAUAAUUGCGUAUCAGUCCAAUUGCCUUGUAUCUGUAUCGUCGAGUCAGCAAAAUACCAGGAUUGGAACAUCAUGCUAACCAGAAGAGCACGCUACGUGUGGAGUGGCUCGAAGUAUUAAUUGAAAUUUAGUUUAUUUUUGAAAGAGUCCAAGGAAAAUGACGUUGUACCAGGUAGGCCUAUAUACGCCACCAAAGUAAAAUCUGCUCUGGUAAUUUCAAAUCUCCCCCCUCCCCCCCCCCCCCCAUCGAGGGCUUCGUGGAUCCGCCCCUGCCUUAUCAUCGUCUCUUAUCCCUAUUAUCCCAAAGGCUCACAGGCCUAAUUCAUUUCACAUAGACUCGUGUGUUAAAGUGGCACUUAACAAGAAUUCAU